AUGUCCCAAGUCGAACAGGGUGAGCCCGCAGGAUUUGUCAAGCUCGAGCUCCGCACCGCUUACGGGCCGGUCUAUCGCGACGUGUCGACCUCGCCGCCGCGAGAUGCUUCGCCGGACGAGAUCCCCCUGAUCGACCUCAGUCCGAUCUACGACGGCGAUCUCGAGGCCCGAAAAGCUCUAGCCCGGGACAUCAAACAUGCGGCUGAGAAGAACGGGUUCUUUUAUGUUCGAAACCACGGGAUUGCUGAAACGACCAUCCAGAACGCCUUGAGUGCCUCGAGGGCUUUCUUUGCGCAAUCGGAGGCCGAGAAGAUGCUGGUGUCCAAGGCCAAGGGGAAGUGGUAUAAUGGGUAUUCAGCGAGGAAUUCUGCAAUGGCUAGUCCGUCGGAAGGAUUGGACUACCGCGAGUCUUUCUCGUGGCGAUACGAGCCGCAAUACGAUCCCGACCCAAAGGACCCUGACGCGGUGCCCGUGGAGGUGAAACCGUAUAUCCGCGGCGAGAAGUACGUCUGGGAAGGCACGCAACACAUCCCCGGCUUCAAGACCGAUUGCAUUACUUAUUGGCAGGAAUGUCUCAAGCUGGCGCGCCGGCUCGUCAGGGUAUUCGCCCUCUGUCUGGAUCUUCCCGAGCACUUUUUCGACGCCGUGACGACGUACCCUGGCAGUGAUGGCGUGUUCAACUAUUACCCGGCCAUGUCUGCGGAAGAGGCGGCCAAGAGCGAGGAUGUGGGCUUGGGAUCGCAUACCGACCUGCAAUGUUUUACACUGCUCUGGCAGGACAUGAAUGGCGGUUUGCAGGUGUUGAACAACGAGGGUCAGUGGAUCAAGGCCACCCCGAUCCCCGGAACUUUCGUCGUCAAUAUCGGCGAUUAUUUGAUGCGUUUGACCAACGAUCGCAUGAAGAGCACGGUUCACAGGGUAUAUAACCGUUCUACGGUCGAUAGGUAUUCCAUGCCCUUCUUCUUCGGCUUCAACUUCAACGAAAAAUGCGGCGUGCUGCCUAGCUGCGUCGACGAGGAGAAUCCCGCCAAAUACGAACCCAUCUCGUGUGGGGAUUGGUGUCAAUUGAGGUUCCAGCAGACGGACAUGGACAAGUUGGACCAGAAGGUCGCAGUGUAUUGA